AUGCGCUUCUCAUCCGCCCUCGCUCUCACCGGCGCUGCUCUCGCCGCCGCGUCUCCUCUCGUCACCAAAAACCCGCUUGAGGGCAACAACUUCAACGUGACCAACUUCAUCUUCGGCUGCACAGCAGGCUGCUUCUGGUACUUCGAUGUCUCGAUCGAUGGCUCUGAGGCCAACCACCCGGCCAUCGACACCCCCGUCCACUGCGAGGGUAACCUGGACGACAACAAGACCUACAAACCCUGCGGAAACGUGUCCGAGACUCAGCAUAUCUCCGCGUACAUCGUCAAGGACACCAACGAGCUGAAGCUUCAGUACGAGGUCUUCAACUACUACACUGCAGCUACAUACUGGUACCUCGGCAACACCACCGUCUACGCCGCCACCGGCGACAAUGCUGCUCUUCAGAAGCCCAACUUCAGGGUCAACGAGACCAGUGCCUACGCCGUUGCGUGA